GGAGAUUAUUUAAGAGAGAAUGAUUUUUUUUUUGGGGUAUCGGCUAAAAUUACUAGUAGAAUUCAAGAAAAGUAGUGCCCUGUCUUUAUUAGAGAAAAAUAAAUAAAUAAAUUUAUGCAAACAGAAGCAGCCAAAGCCUAAAAAGACCUCACACACACCCCCUCUCCCUUAUAAAUUUCUUAUCAGUAAAUUCAAUAUCACCUCACAGAUUCAUCUUCACUCUUUUUUCUCUCUUUUUCCUUUGUUUUUUGACGUAUUUUCUUUUCUGUUUGCUAUUACAUCUUGCUGCCGAGCUACAAUGGUGGCCAAGAAGCCAAGAAUUGUAAUUAUUGGAGCAGGAAUGGCAGGUCUUACGGCUGCAAACAAGCUCUACACUUCCUCUAGCUCAAAAGAUUUGUUUGAGCUCUGUGUAGUGGAAGGUGGAACUAGAAUUGGUGGCAGAAUUAACACUUCUGAAUUUGGGGGUGACCGGAUAGAGAUGGGAGCAACAUGGAUCCAUGGCAUUGGAGGCAGCCCAGUUCAUAAAAUUGCUCAAGAAAUCAAUUCCCUAGAGUCUGAGCAGCCGUGGGAGUGCAUGGAUGGAUUCUUGGACGAGCCAAAGACUAUCGCUGAAGGUGGGUUUGAGCUCAAUCCAUCUCUUGUUGAGUCCAUAUCUACUCUUUUCAAGAACCUUAUGGAUUUUGCUCAGGGGAAAUUGAUUGAAGGGAGUGAAAACACUGGAGGACUUGACUUCUACAAGCUUGCCUCUAAAGCUUAUAAGAUUUGCAAAAGCAAUGGUGGUACUUCUGGUAAGCUGAGUGUUGGUGCUUUUCUUAGACAAGGUUUGGAUGCUUAUUGGGAUUCUGUGAAACAUGAAGAAGAAGAGAUCAAAGGGUAUGGUAAUUGGAGCAGAAAGUUGCUCGAGGAAGCCAAUUUUGCAAUGCAUGAAAAUGUUCAAAGGACUUAUACUUCGGCAGGUGAUCUCUUGAAUCUAGAUUUUGAUGCAGAAAGUGAGUACCAGAUGUUUCCAGGUGAGGAAAUCACUAUUGCCAAAGGCUACUUGAGCAUAAUUGAAUCACUAGCUUCUGUUCUACCUAAGGGUCUAAUCCAAUUAGGCCGGAAGGUAGCAAGAAUCGAAUGGCAACCUGAAGCUCAACAAUCAACGGAAAAUGGGUAUGCUAAUAGGCCAGUGACACUACAUUUCUGCGAUGGAUCGGUUAUGUGUGCUGACCAUGUUGUGGUCACAGUAUCACUGGGGGUGCUUAAAGCCGGAAUUAGUCAAGCUUCAGGUAUGUUCGGUCCUCCUUUGCCAUCUUUCAAGACUGAGGCUAUAUCAAGAUUAGGAUAUGGUGUUGUUAAUAAGCUAUUUUUGCAACUGAGUUCAAGCCAUGAAGAAGUUGGCAACAAGUUUCCUUUCUUGCAAAUGGCUUUUCAUCGGACAGACUCGGAAUUGAGGCAUAAAAAGAUACCCUGGUGGAUGAGAAGGACAGCUUCUAUAUGUCCAAUUUACAAGAACUCUAGUGUGUUACUAUCUUGGUUUGCAGGGAAGGAAGCUAUUGAGCUAGAAUCUCUGAGUGAUGAAGAUGUUAUUAAUGCGGUUUCAACAACAAUAUCUAGCUUUUUACAAGCACCCCAGAAACAAGUGCAUGGUAAUUCUCAUGAAUUUUGCAAUGGGAGCUCAAAUGCAAAUGAAGUUAAAUUCAGCAAGGUUUUGAAGAGCAAAUGGGGGAAUGAUCCUCUGUUCUUGGGAUCUUACAGUUAUAUAGCAGUCGGAUCGAGUGGAGAUGAUAUGGAUUCAUUAGCAGAGCCAUUGCCCGCAAAGAUUGGUAAUUAUGAGUCUGCUGGGUGUCCUCCACUUCAAAUUCUAUUUGCAGGGGAGGCAACACACAGAACCCACUAUUCUACCACUCAUGGUGCUUAUUUUAGUGGCCUUAGGGAAGCCAACAGGCUUCUUCAACACUAUCAUUGUAUUGGGGUUUAGAAACUUAGUACUAUAUAGUAAUAUAUAUAGAUAUAUAUUUAAAAAUUUGUUAGACACUUAUUUUGGUGAUUUUUUUUUCCAUUUUCCAUCUAAAACAUCUUUCUUUCUCUUUCUAUGAAGCGAUGAGCUAUGAAUGAGAGCAGAGAAGAGGAGAGAAUUAGGGAGGGACGAAAGACAUAGAUGGGGACAUUUUUAGAUGUAUUGCCUGAAUUAAAGAAGCUUCUGUCCAAUUUUCUAUUGCCUUA